UCAUCGCCUCCUCACCAAACUCCACAGCGGCUCCAAAUCUCUCCUGCUAGGCAGCUUCCACCUCCUCUCCGACGAUGUCUGGGCGUGGCAAGGGCGGCAAGGGGCUCGGCAAGGGCGGCGCCAAGCGCCACCGGAAGGUGCUCCGCGACAACAUCCAGGGCAUCACCAAGCCGGCGAUCCGGAGGCUCGCGAGGAGGGGCGGCGUGAAGCGUAUCUCCGGGCUCAUCUACGAGGAGACCCGCGGUGUGCUCAAGAUCUUCCUCGAGAACGUCAUCCGCGACGCCGUCACCUACACCGAGCACGCCCGCCGCAAGACCGUCACCGCCAUGGACGUCGUCUACGCCCUCAAGCGCCAGGGCCGCACCCUCUACGGCUUCGGCGGCUGAGCGCCAUCGGCGCGCCGGCUCACCUGACUCUGCUGCUUCCUGCUUUUCUCUGUAGUCGUGCUUCCAACUUCUAGUUUGUCUAGUGAGAUCCAACUUCUAGUUGUAACUCCUAUCGUUUCGUUUAGCUGCAAUGGCAAGUUAAUUCCAAUCUCAGUAAAACCACCAUGUCUGAUUCUAGAAGGAAGAGAAAUUGAGUGACAGCUGAAGUUAAUUCU